GGAGCUCAUAUUUCCCUACCAACCCUCCUAAAACAUUCAAGAGUGCGACGACUCAUCAUUUCCUAGUUUUAGGCCAUGGCUCAUUUCAUCCAUCUAUCACUGCUGAUGGGUCUUCAUUUUUUCUCUCUGAAUUACUUCAGCUGUGGAACCUCUGAUCUGACGUUUUAUGAAGAACCCAAAAGCUGGAUUGACGCGCUGCAGCACUGCCGCAACAACAGAUCUUCCCUAGUUGAAAUUCGUAACGAGGCUUCGCAAAAAGAUGUAGAGGAACUGCUGCAAAAUAAAACACAAGUAAUGAACGGAAACGAGGUUUGGAUCGGUCUGGAAAGGUCCAUCUUUGGUUGUGGCGUCGCUUGGAAGUGGAUUUCAGGAUCAGAGUUUAAAAAUAGCUCUCUGUGGAACAACGGCUUAGCUGUGGACCCCUUCAACCAUCACUGUGGAAAGAUCAUCUGGUCUGAAAACCAAUCCAAGUUGCAGGAUGCCAACUGCCAAUAUCCCCUGCCCUUCAUCUGCCAAGAUCCAAUCUGAUGAAUGUUAUUUGAUUUUUUUUGCUGUUUUUCCUUUGCAGUCAAACAAAGGCCUCACUUUUAUCAACUGCGAUAAAGAUGAAGGUGUAUCAUCUUAAUAGCUUGUUUUCUGUUUCAGCAACACAGGUCUCUCCCCCUUGUGAUGAUAAUUAAAGAAUCAUAGUGUGCAGGAAAUGACGGGGGCCAACCAGCUUAUCCUUUUGAUUCUUGUUCCAGUGACUUCUGGAUUUUGUAUUCUCUUUUUAUUUGUUCUCUUAUGACUGAUUUAAUAUUCUUCUCUGUAAAACCACUUUGAUUAAAUGUUGUACGCAGCAAAGCGCUGGGGCUUGCUCUAUAUUAUUCAUCCAAUAAACAUCUUCCUCUUCUCA